AUGAAGCUUGUGAGGUUUUUGAUGAAAUUAAGUCAUGAAACCGUUACUAUUGAACUAAAAAACGGAACCCAGGUCCACGGAACAAUUACUGACAGCCUGCCUCUUGAUACAUUACUGGUGGAUGUUGAACCCAAAGUUAGAUCCAAAAAAAGAGAAGCGGUUGCUGGAAGAGGGCGAGGGCGUGGCCGUGGAAGAGGGCGAGGCCGUGGCAGAGGCAGAGGCGGGCCCAGGCGAUAA